UGCCUUAAAGGUGUCACACUGUGGGAUGACAAAACUCUAGAGGACAUGACCGAAAAGGAGAAUCACCAGAGCAGUGAUUUUAAAAUCUCCGCCUCGGAUUCCCUGGAGGAGAGGUCCUCUGUGAUGGACGUCAGUGCCUCCCUGAAGGCCAGUUUCAUGGGUGGAUUGGUUAAAGUUGGAGGAUCUGCUAAGUACCUGAAUGAUCAGAAAAGUUCCAAACAUCAGUGUAGAGUGACGCUUCAAUACAAAGCUACUACCGUCUACAAACACCUCACCAUGUCUCCUGCUGAGAUGAAGACCCAUCUGAGAGUAGAUGAUGACCUGAUGAGUAUGGCUACACACGUGGUCACUGCUAUCAGUUAUGGCGUUAAUGUUUUCUUUGUGCUUGACAGUCAGAAAUUAGAUGUGAGCAGUAAAAGCAAGAUUGAGGGAAGCCUUCAAGCUGCAGUUAGCAAGGGUGGCUUUGGAAUGGAAGCUGAAGUUAGCGUCAAACAAUCUAAGCAAGAGAGAUCUCUGAAUGAGCAAUUUACCUGCAAGUUCUAUGGGGACGUAAUUCCUGAAAGCAACCCUACAACAUUCACAGAAGCUCUGAAGACCUACAAACACCUUCCAAAACUGCUGGGAGAAAAGAAUGAAAACAGUCGUCCACAGAAGGUCUGGAUGAUGCCGCUGAAAAAGUUGCUUCCGUCGGCUGCUGAGCUUGUUUCCGAGCUCAGUCCUGGCAUGGCCAUAAAGGUCCAAGAUGCCCUGGAAGAUUUUCACAACCUGAAGAUGAGAUGCAAUGACUGUCUGGAAGACAGCCAUUCUUUCCCGCCCAUUUUUGAGAGAUUGACAAACUUCCAAAAUGUCUCAAACUGUUAUGCAGAUAAACUUAAAGAAACAUACGCAAAGAAACUGCCGGCUAUCAGAGCUGGCAAGGAAGAAGAGAAGGAGUUACUGAAGUUAUUCAUAGACAGAGAGAACUCUCCGUUCUCUUCUGAAAAACUAGAGAAAUGGAUGACAAACAGUGAAAGAGAAACCAGCGUGAUCGAUUCCUGCGUGAAGGCAAUGAAAGAUGCAAAGAUCAUCCUGAAAGAGUCGGAGCUGACUGCUGAGGUCCAGGAUCAUGAAGAGGAUGUUCUCUGCUUUGUCUUCACCUCCCUGGAAGUCACAGAUCCCUAUGUUGAGAAGAUGACCGACUACCUGUAUUCA